GUGCGGCUAACAGGUGGAGGAGUGAAUACAACCCAGCCCCAGCUCCCCCUCACUUUAGGAGAGGAGUGGCAGGGUCCCCCAGCUCCUGGUGGUCCUCUCCAGUCCUUGUGUGGAUAUCUGCCCUAAUAGUCCCCAUGUGGGAAGCUCUAGGCCUAGGGUCUAGAGGGAGGGUUGGAAAGGCAGCAGUGAGGGCUAAGCCUGAGAGAUGAAUAAGAAUGUUAGGCCACCAAAAACUCCCUUUGGGAUUUGGUGUCCAGGCAACUCAAUCCCCGCCUUGUCUCCUUAUCUGUGCCCCCCAACCCAGCAUCUGCUCCCUCUCUCUAGCCAACUUCCCUCCGGUCUCUCUUGCUGACUCAGCCUUCCCCAUUUCUGUCCCCACUAGAUGCCUGACCAUGGUCCCAGCCCUGCAACUUUUGCUGCUGCUCUCAGGGACUGGAGGGAACUUGGGGGUUUUUUUGGAGGGACGCCCAGGAGAUCGGGUGAAUAUCUCUUGCACUGGGGUCUCCCACGCGACCCGAUGGGCUUGGGCUCCUAGCUUCCCUGCCUGUGUGGGCUUGCUUCGGGGGCGCCGCCCAGUCUUCUGGGCCUCUGCCCCAGGAAAUCCCACCCCAGCCUCCACCUCGCCCUUCACUGGCCGCCUGCGUGCGGUGGACCCCAAUGGCAUCCAGCAUCUGGAGCUGCUCCUGGCUCGAGGAGACUCCGGGACCUUCUUCUGUACCGGAAUUGGAGGCCGCCGGGACAGUGAGAGCCGUACCUCGCUCAAAGUGCUUGGGGACUUGGCUGCUUGCCGAGCCCCCAGCCCCACCUCCGGAUCUUCGUAUCCUGUGUUCCUGUACCCUCUGCUGGGCGUCGGGUUGGCUUUAGGGCUGGCGGGGCUGGGAAUCGCUUGGAGACUUCGUCAGCUACCCCCUUUCGGGCUAGUCAGAACCACAACCGUCCCAGAAUGCGGUGAGAAUAGCUCCUUUCCCCACCUCCAUUCUAUGACUGGGCAUAUCCCCUCUUCCCAUCCCUCAGCUCUGCCCCCAUCACCUCCCACAAAAACUCCACCUGUGAACACCGAGAUCCAGAGUCGAUCGAACGAGGAGCCCCGGGAAAGAGGGGACUCGGAUGCAGAAAGGAGCCUCCUCUACGCUGAUCUGGACCACAUUCCCCUCAGAAACCCAAGAUGGUUGCGCACUACUGUCCCCAAGGAUGCCACCACCAUCUAUGCGGGAGAGACAAGCAGUUGAGACAGACAAGGAAGGGUAGGGUUUGAGGAUUCCUGGGUCUCCAGCCACCCCCCUCCUGGUUUUCCAUCUGUCAUCUUAAUUCCACUUGGGAUCCUACAGAAACUGCACUGGGAAGAAAACUGGUACUCCUCCCCCCAAAACAACAAUAACAACAACAAACCAACACCUGUUAUCUCUUCAGCGGCCCCGAACCACCACUCUCAACACCCCCCUCUCUCCUCCCUUUUACUCCUCUUUAUUAGCCUCUUCCCGACUGGUCACCGCUAGGAUGCGCUCACUCCCUAAAUAUGAGAUGGGUCCUCCCCUUAACCCUCCGUUAUUCCUAGAUGAUGGGGGACUCCGCGGUCACAUGCUUGGGACUCUGAGGGGAAGUACGGGCUGUACGAGGGAGAAAAAGAGAGGAAAGGCAGGAGAUAAGUUGGAUGCCUGGAUCCUUAAGGGAAGCGAGGACUAGAGGAAGGAAAGGAGGGAUCGGAGACUAUAGAGUUAAUCUUCUACCCCGAGGACCGGUCAUGUAGCCCUUAGUGGACCCAGUAAAUUAGACUCAGUCCCACGGGACUGGGAGGUCUGGAGUGAAACUGGAAGGGGAGGAGAAAGAGGGGGCAUAGUUUUAGACAAUGAUAUUUAGUAUUCCCCUUGAUCGCGACCCCCAACGAAUUUUCUCUAUAGAAUCCUACCUUCCCAGUCCUGGGAAUUCAGGCGUUCGGCCU